AUGGAAACUCUAAGUAACCUCACUGUACUGAGCGUACAGAGUAAUCGCCUUACAAAGAUUGAAGGCCUAAAGAGUCUUGUGCAUCUGCGUGAGCUCUACCUAAGUGACAAUGGCAUCCAAGUUUUGGAGGGUGUGGAGAACAAUAAAAAGCUCACUACUUUGGAUGUUGCUUCUAAUAGAAUAAAGAAAAUUGAAAAUAUCAGGCAUUUGACAGAACUCCAGGAAUUCUGGAUGAAUGACAACUUGGUGGAUAAUUGGGCAGACUUAGAUAAUCUCCAAACACGAAAAGGUUUCUUCACAGUGAGAGCCGUGAAAAUGUGGAAUAGACUCCCUCAAGAGUUGGUUCUGGCCAACUCAGUGGAUUGCUUCAAAAAAGGCCUGGAUUGUUUCUUAGAUACACAGAAUAUAACUGGAUACUAA